AUGGGUGUGGCACUGGCCAAGUCUGCCCAGUGGAAGGCGGCCGAAUUUGGGACUGGAACCCUAGAGACCACCCCUCUGAAUGAAUCGAUAUUGAAAGAAAUUACUAAGUUUGUGGAGAUGUUUAUUGUUAAACAUCCCCACGAGGCCAAGUUUGUUUUUGUAGAACCACUUGAAUGGAAAACCAAGUUGGAGCCCUCAGUGUUUAACACAGGUUAUAUUGUCAGUGAAACAAUGGUCCAAUCAGAAGAAGUUGAUCAGCAUAGACAGCCUUUAUUAGAGCUGCGUGUACCACAGAUUAAAGUUAGAAGCUUUGGACAACUAUCACAACUGUUACUAAUUGCCCAAGAUACACAGCUGGAGGAGGCUCGAGCAUGUAUUGAAGCUAACAGAGACCCUGUAGUAAAAAUUCUGGGUGCAGAUUAUGGUACAGUAAAGGAAGAAUCCACGGCCCUAAGUAUUAUUGGCUCCAUUACAGGUGCUAAUGAGGACAGUCAGAUUAAAAUGAGUCUUGCCAUCCUACUGAAGCAACUCGAUCUGCACCUGCUCAACCACUCUCUCAAACACAUUGAGCUAGAAACACACUUAAACCCUGGGACUGUUAAGAAAGAUAUAGAACUGCUGAAAAGUGUUUCAGGAAAAAGAGACCAUACUGCCUUGGAAUCUAUCGAAUAUACCUCAGAUUAUGAAUAUUCAAAUGGAUGUCGAGCUCCACCUUGGAGGCAAAUUCUUGGGGAAAUAUGCUACCUGCUCGUGAAGCCACAUGAUGCGGAAACUUUGUGCGUUACUUGCAGCUCAGAAGGAGUAUUUUUAAACGGCGGCAAAACAGAAGAAAAGGGAGAAAUUGAUUAUGAGAGAAAAGGUAAAAUUUACAAAGAUCUUGUCGAAUUUUUAAAAGACAAAUCAACAGUAUUUUCAGAAAGUAUGUCUAAACAGGAGGGUAAAAACAAUGAAGAGCAGCAACAAAACAAGACUGAUGAAAAACCCCAGAAGGAAGAACCCUCUACCUCCCAGAAAACUGUACCUGGUUCAGACAUCAGUAAACUGGAGAAAACCCAAAUUGAUUUUGAGAAGAGUCAAAUGACUAAGAGAUUGCAGCCAAGCUUAAACUGGAAGACCUCUGUUGAUUUAAAAGAGCACAGAAGCUCUUUAAAAGACAGUACAGAGGAAAAACAUGGAAAGCCUAGGGCAUCCAUUUCACAUGGAAGACCACAACUACUUCGCAAGAGCGUUGAAAAGAUUGAGGAGACUAUCAGUGAGAGCUCCUCAGAGAGCGAGGAAGAUGAAGAAGCAACCGAUCAUCGCCAGGAAGCCAAUGCAGAUUUGCCAUCAGAAUACUGGCAAAUUCAGAAGUUGGUGAAAUACCUAAAGGGUGGAAAUCAGACAGCCACAGUGAUUGCUUUGUGUUCAAUGAGGGAUUUCAACUUAUCCCAAGAGACCUGUCAGCUGGCUAUCAGAGAUGUUGGAGGCCUGGAAGUUUUAAUAAAUUUGCUUGAUACAGAUGAAGUCAAAUGUAAGAUUGGUUCAUUAAAAAUCCUGAAGGAAAUCAGUCAUAAUCCUCAAAUCAGACGCAAUAUUGUUGACCUUGGGGGAUUACCAAUUAUGGUUAGCAUCCUCGAUUCUCCACACAAGAGUCUGAAGUGUCUGGCAGCUGAAACCAUCGCAAACGUUGCCAAGUUCAAGAGAGCCCGGCGGGUGGUGAGGCAACACGGGGGCAUUAACAAACUGGUGGCUCUAUUAGACUGUGGACAGAGUCCAGCUGAGCCCUCUCUGCCGAGUUUGUAUGAAACUAGAGACGUGGAAGUGGCUCGCUGUGGGGCGCUGGCCUUGUGGAGCUGUAGUAAGAGUCACUCGAGCAAAGAAGCCAUUCGUAAAGCUGGAGGCAUCCCUUUGUUGGCUCGGUUGCUGAAGACUUCUCACGAAAACAUGCUCAUUCCAGUGGUGGGCACGUUGCAAGAGUGUGCAUCAGAGGAAAACUAUCGAGCUGCAAUCAAAGCAGAAAGGAUCAUUGAAAACCUUGUGAAGAACCUGAAUAGUGAGAAUGAGCAGCUUCAGGAGCAUUGUGCCAUGGCCAUCUACCAGUGUGCUGAAGAUGAGGAAACUCGUGACCUGGUUAGGCAGCAUGGAGGGCUUAAACCCUUGGCCAGUCUACUGAAGAAGACGGAUAAUAAAGAACGAUUAGCUGCUGUCACAGGGGCAAUAUGGAAAUGCUCUAUCAGCAAGGAGAAUGUAACCAAGUUUCGGGAAUACAGAGCCAUCGAAACUUUGGUGGGACUCUUAACCGACCAGCCCGAGGAAGUACUUAUAAAUGUGGUUGGGGCCUUGGGAGAAUGCUGCCAUGAACAUGAAAACCGAGUUCUUGUCCGGAAAUGCGGUGGCAUUCAGCCACUCGUGAACCUCCUGGUUGGAAUAAACCAGUCUCUCCUGGUGAAUGUCACAAAAGCUGUCGGCGCUUGUGCAGUAGAACCCGAAAGUAUGCUAAUAAUUGAUCGUUUAGAUGGAGUUCGUUUGCUGUGGUCCUUGUUGAAAAAUCCACACCCAGAUGUCAAGGCCUCUGCAGCGUGGGCUCUGUGUCCCUGCAUCCAAAAUGCAAAGGAUGCUGGAGAAAUGGUCCGCUCUUUUGUUGGUGGUCUGGAACUUGUUGUCAAUUUACUGAAAUCGGAUAACAAAGAGGUUUUGGCAAGUGUAUGUGCUGCUAUUACCAACAUAGCAAAAGAUCAAGAAAACUUAGCUGUUAUUACGGAUCAUGGAGUUGUACCUUUAUUGUCCAAGCUGGCAAAUACGAAUAAUGAUAAAUUGAGGCGUCACCUGGCAGAGGCAAUUUCCCGUUGCUGCACAUGGGGAAAAAACAGAGUGGCCUUUGGUGAACACAAAGCAGUGGCUCCAUUAGUGCGUUACCUGAAAUCCAGUGACACCAAUGUGCAUCGAGCGACGGCACAGGCCUUGUACCAGCUAUCAGAAGACGCCGAUAACUGCAUCACCAUGCAUGAGAACGGUGCAGUGAAGCUUCUACUGGGCAUGGUUGGGUCCCCGGAUGAGGCUCUCCAGGAGGCUGCCGCUGGCUGCAUAUCCAACAUCCGCAGGCUGGCUCUUGCAACAGAAAAGGCGAAAUAUAAUUGA